AUGGUGAAGUUUGCAGGUGCAUUUGUGGUUGCCGGCCUGUUGGCGGUUUGCUCACUCGGAGCGGCGGAGCGGAUUGAGAUCGACUGGUCACGAGUGAUCCCGGUCGAUGAACUCGACCACUUCUGGACCCGUCUGCCGGCAGAGAUGCAGUACCUGCGCAACACACGGCCAGCCGGUCGCGUCGUGGGAGGCUAUCCGGCCACGGCAGGUCAGUUCCCGUACCAGGCUCUGCUCCUCUCGGACCUUGGCAACGGGUACUCGAGUGUUUGUGGUGGCACCGUCAUCACGAACAACUACAUCCUGACGGCGGCUCACUGCGUUACCGACGACUUCAAGAACAUUCUCAACGGAGGCGUUGCCAUUCUGGGGGCCAAGGAUCGUACCGUGUACGAGGCGACACAGCAGCGCAUCUCGUACGCCCGGGCCAACAUCCGCGUGCAUGCGGCGUACGACGUCAACAACAUCCUCAACGACAUCGCCACCGUCCGCUUGAACGCACCGGCCGUCUUCGGCAGCUACGUGCAGCCGAUCGCUCUGCCCUCCCGCUCCGAUGCUCGCACGUUCGCCGGCUUCGAGGGAACCGUGUCCGGUUUCGGGCGCACCUCGGAUGCACCGGGUUCGACCAUAUCCUCGGUCCUGAUGUACACGCGCAACCCGGUGAUGUCGCAGGCUCAGUGCAACUUGCACUGGUCCUCAUCGCAGGUGCUGGCCCAGCAUGUGUGUUUCGAUCCCGCCGGUGGACGUGCGUCCUGCAACGGAGACUCCGGUGGUCCGCUCGCGGUUCAGGACGGUGGCCGCAGCCUCCAGGUCGGUAUCACUUCGUUCGGAGCUCUUGCAGGAUGUGCCGCUGGCUACCCGUCAGUAUUCGUGCGUAUCUCAUACUACCGCGACUGGAUCGCACAGAACUCGGACUACGUUUUCGGUGCUUAA